GAGGUGACAGCGGGGCCCGGGACGGGCGGCCGCCGGUGCCCGCCACGCCGAGGGACCGCAGGGCGCCAGAGAGCAGGACAAAGAAAGGAAAUCCCAGAGCAUUUCAAUAAUAUGUCGAAGACUACGAAGCAUGGAGACUGGCUCGGUGGUCCGGGCCAUCUUUGACUUCUGCCCUAGCGUAUCAGAGGAGCUGCCGCUCUUUGUGGGGGAUAUUAUCGAGGUGUUGGCGGUGGUGGAUGAAUUUUGGCUUCUAGGAAAGAAGGAGGAUGUUACAGGACAGUUUCCGAGCAGUUUUGUGGAAAUUGUGACCAUCCCUAGUCUAAAGGAGGGAGAGAAGCUGUUUGUUUGCAUCUCUGAGUUUGCAUCCCAGGAACUGAGCAGUCUUCCCCUCCAUCGAGGUGACCUAGUGAUUCUUGAUGGCACCCCCACGGAGGGCUGGCUGCAGGGCCGAAGCUGCUGGGGUGCUCGGGGCUUCUUCCCAUCUUCCUGUGUUCGGGAGCUCUGCCUCUCUUCUCAAAGCCGGAAAUGGCACUCCCAGAGUACUCAGCUUCGAAUUCCCGAAUAUUCCAUGGGACAAGCACGGGCCCUGAUGGGGCUUUCUGCCCAGCUGGAUGAGGAGCUAGACUUCAGGGAAGGGGAUAUGAUCACCAUUAUCGGAGUCCCUGAGCCAGGCUGGUUUGAAGGGGAGCUAGAGGGUCGAAGAGGCAUUUUCCCAGAAGGUUUUGUAGAGCUUUUGGGUCCCCUGAGGACUGUGGAUGAGCCCGUAAGUUCUGGAAAUGGAGAUGACCACGUUGCUAAUGGCGACAUAGGGACGCCUGUGGGAGAAGAAGAGAGGGGGCUCGCUGAGGAUGAGGAUGAGGAAGACGAACAGGGAGCCUCAUUCGGAAUUGCCCUCUAUAGAUUCCAAGCCCUAGAGCCAAAUGAGUUGGACUUUGAAGUUGGGGAUAAAAUUCGAAUCCUGGCAACCUUAGAAGAUGGCUGGCUAGAAGGAAGGCUCAAGGGCAGGACAGGCAUUUUUCCUUACCGGUUUGUAAAGUUAUGCCCUAACACCAGGACGGAGGAAGCCCCGACUCCCCUACGAGAAGGCGUCCUCACCAAGACCCAGGAGGGCUGUUUGGAUGGUUUGGGGAACUCAUUAGUAGUGGGGGAACCGAGACUGGAAUCUCAAGAGUACCCAGUGGAGAAGCCUAGCCAUGUUCCCUUUGACACGUGCAUUUCUCCUUCAGAGCCCUGGGCUCCUGAAUGUGAUGGAAAUAAGCCCUGUAGUCAAGAUGUAGGCACCCCGGGAGCAGGAGUGCCCCCCAGAAGCCCAGGUGAGGGGCAUGAAAAGCCUCUUGCUAAAGAUCCUUCCAUGCCCAAGCCUUUGGAGGGAGUCAAUGGUAUUUCCUCCCAGCCUCAAGUACCUUUAUAUCCCAAAGUGCAGAAGAACCAGUAUUAUUCUACAUUCGGAGUGAAAAGCUCAGAACAGUUCUCUGACCUUCCUCUGGAAGGCAGGCCUAGAGACUACUCUAGCCUCCCUCACAAAAGAACAUAUGCCCAGCAAAGAGCCCUUCCGAGGCCGGGGCCUCCCCUUCAUAGGGCCUCCUCCCUCACGGCCUCCAGAACAGCCAAGCCCAGCCAGUGGGGCGCCCAGCUCCAUGCCGUAGCUGGGUAUGCUAAGAAGCACUUCACACCCAGAGAAAAUGCCAGCAGCUUCUGCUCCGAGGUCGAGAGCUCACAGAGGAGGCCUGGUCCCCAAGACAAGGAGCUCCCCCCGGAUGUCACCACACUGUCCCCAGGACUCAGCACUGACCUAGAUUCUAAGUUGACACAACAGCUGAUGGAGUUUGAGAAGAGCCUGACAGGGCCUGGCACUGAGCCAGAGAAAAUUUCUCGCCACUUUUCAAUCAUGGACUUCAACUCGGAGAAGGAUAUUGUCCGAGGUUCCUCCAAGUUCAUCCCCCUACAAGAGCCACUUGAGAGGAAGAAGGUCCUGCGGCCACCGCCCCCCAGACCCUCCACUCCGGUGUUCACGUCUCCACACUUGCUGGCUGACCAGAGCCCCAAGCCUGCGCCCCUCUUGGCCAUGCGGCCCUCUCGCCCAGCUCCUCUGCCUCCCUCCACACAGCCCAGGGUGAACACAGCCUCCCCCAAGCCCCUUUGGGGCCCUCAUCCUGGCUGGGAGGCCCUGGAAAAGGAGGCCCCCGAGCAUGCAGAAAGGAGUGUGGAGCAGUCUUUCCCGUGCCCCUCAGUACUGGUGAGGAUUCAGGAAGUGGAGCAGGAUCUGGAUUUGUACACCAGGGCUCAGGAGGAGCUCAGCUCCAUGCUGGAGGAGAAGCAGGAUGAGUCCCUACAGGCAGAGGCCCUUGAGAAUCUCGAGUCUUAUGAGAGUAACAUUCAAAGUCUGAAUCUGGAACUCCAGCAACUCAGAGAAAUGACACUUCUCUCAUCCCAGUCUUCAUCCCUGGCGGCCCCUUCUGGCUCUGUGUCCACUGAAACACCAGAGCAGAGGAUGCUGGAGAAGAGGGCCAAGGUGGUGGAGGAACUUCUGCAGACGGAACGGGACUACAUUCGGGAUCUGGAGAUGUGUGUUGAGCGGAUCAUGGUGCCUCUACAGCAGGCACAGAUACCAAACAUUGACUUUGAGGGACUUUUUGGAAACAUGCAGAUGGUAAUUAAAGUCUCUAAGCAGUUAUUGGAGGCCCUGGAAAUCAGCGAUGCUGUAGGACCUGUGUUUCUCGAUCACCGAGAUGAACUUGAAGGAGCAUACAGGGUUUAUUGCCAGAAUCACGAUGAGGCCAUUUCACUGCUGGAAAUCUAUGAGAAGGAUGAGAAAAUCCAGAAGCAUCUUCAGGACUCCUUGGCUGAUCUUAAGAGCCUAUACAAUGAAUGGGGAUGUACCAAUUACAUUAACCUGGGCUCCUUCCUCAUCAAGCCAGUGCAGAGAGUCAUGCGCUACCCACUGUUGCUAAUGGAGCUGUUGAACUCCACCCCAGACUCCCACCCAGACAAGGUGCCUUUAACCAGCGCUGUCCUUGCUGUGAAGGAAAUCAACGUGAACAUCAAUGAAUAUAAACGUCGAAAGGAUCUGGUGCUCAAGUAUCGCAAGGGCGAUGAAGACAGCCUUAUGGAGAAGAUUUCCAAACUGAAUAUCCACUCCAUCAUCAAGAAGUCCAACCGGGUCAGCAGUCACCUGAAGCACCUCACCGGGUUUGCGCCUCAGAUAAAGGAUGAAGUGUUUGAGGAAACCGAAAAGAACUUCCGAAUGCAAGAGAGAUUAAUUAAAUCAUUUAUCCGAGACCUGUCCCUCUACCUGCAGCAUAUCCGAGAGUCAGCUUGUGUGAAGGUGGUGGCCGCGGCUAGCAUGUGGGACCUGUGCGUGGAGCGAGGACAGCGGGACCUGGAGCAGUUUGAGAAGGUGCAUCGCUACAUCAGCGACCAGCUCUUCACCAGCUUUAAGGAGAGGACGGAGCGGCUCGUCAUCUCUCCCUUAAACCAGCUACUGAGCAUGUUCACCGGGCCGCACAAGCUGGUGCAGAAGCGCUUUGACAAGCUCCUGGAUUUCUACAACUGCACCGAGCGGGCCGAGAAGCUAAAGGACAAGAAGACCCUGGAGGAGCUGCAGUCUGCCCGGAACAAUUAUGAGGCCCUGAACGCGCAGCUGCUGGACGAACUGCCCAAGUUCCAGCAGUAUGCCCAGGGGCUCUUCGCCAACUGCAUCCACGGCUACGCCGAAGCGCACUGCGACUUCGUGCAGCAGGCGCUGGAGCAGCUGCAGCCGCUGCUUUCCCUACUCAAAGUGACCGGGAGGGAGGGCAACCUGAUCGCCAUCUUCCACGAGGAGCACAGCAGGGUCCUGCAGCAGCUCCAGCUCUUCACCUUCUUCCCCGAGUCGCUGCCGGCCGCCAAGAGGCCCUUCGACAGGAAGACCACGGAGCGUCAGUCUUCCCGGAAGUCCCUCCUGGGCCUGCCGAGGCACAUGUUCCAGUCUGAAGAGCUCCGUGCCUCCCUGCUGGCCCGGUACCCCCCAGAGCAACUCUUCCAGGCCGAGCGGAACUUCAAUGCCACUCAGGACUUGGAUGUGUCCCUUCUGGAAGGUGACCUGGUGGGUGUGAUCAAGAAGAAGGACCCCAUGGGCAGUCAGAACCGCUGGCUGAUCGACAAUGGCGUCACCAAGGGCUUCGUGUACAGCUCCUUCCUGAAGCCAUACAACCCCCGGCGCAGCCACUCGGACGCCUCGGUCGGCAGCCACUCGUCCACCGAGUCUGAGCUCGGCAGCAGCUCCCCCAGGUUCCCGCGGCAGAACAGUAGCAGCACCUUGACCUUCAACCCGGGCAGCAUGGCCGUGUCCUUCACCCCGGGCCCUUGCCCCGCGCAGCCUCCAAAUGCGAGUUCACCGAUGGACUGCGACCGAGGAACUCUGAGCGUGCCCUUGGCCCCGGGGAGCCCGGGAAGUCCGGGGAGCGGUCCUGCCGGGAGCCCUGCUGAGCCAGACACCCCCUGCCAGCCCAGGCCGGGGCACUGGGCGGACCUGACCCGAGACGAGAGCCAGCCCGCUGCCACCCCGAAGAGCUGCAAUCGAGGCUCCAAGCACCCCGAGACGGCUGGGUGCUCUGUGCCAGGGCGAAAUGGACACGGUAAUGAGCUGGUGAGAGGAAAUGCCAGAGCCAGCCAGGCCCUGGAGCAGAGGAAGGAAGAGCUGGAAAGCAGUGAGGUGGAAGGAAACCAGGUCUAUUUUGCUGUCUACACUUUCACUGCGCGGAACCCAAAUGAGCUCAGUGUGCCAGCCAAUCAGAGACUCAGGAUCCUGGAGUUUAAAGACGUUACAGGCAACACCGAGUGGUGGUUGGCCGAAGUCAACGGGAAGAAGGGUUACGUCCCAUCCAAUUAUAUCCGCAAAACCGAGUACACCUGAGCCCAGGCUGCCUCCCACUCACUCGGCCUUGCUGCCUUCGCUUGCGUCGCCGGAGGCCCCGCUGGGCCAUGGGGCACCUGCCUGAGCCACGGGCCCGCACUGCGCCUCCAUCUGCGGCGGAGCGCGGGGCGAGCCCUGUUCUCCACUGCUUGUACGCCCGGACGCUCGCUAGGAUUCCUAGGAUUUGAAGUGGACCCCAAGCCUUGCUUGUGAUUCAGUGACCACGAGAAGAGACAGGUGCCGGGCUCAGCCUUUGGGAAUGACGGAGUGCAGUCGGGAGACCGCGAUUGUAUGCAUGCUCAUGGGAGGGGACGCUGGCAUUGGUUGUAAGGUACUGGGUGGCCCGUGAUCAGCCGACCUGCUUGGAUGGCAGGAACAGAGGGGCUCUUGCAGCACCCUUGGGUCGCGCUUCUGCACGUGGCAGGGAAUUUGCCAGAAUCACACCCAACUUGGGGGUUCAGAGACAAGACACCUCCUGUGUUCAGAGACACCUCUGGUGUCCAGCAUUCUCCUCUCCUCCCCUUCUUUCCUCUCUUCUCUUUUCCCUCUCCUCUCCU